AUUAAUGGGCAUUCGUGCAUAACUAGGGACAACAAGCAAGAAGAAGCGUUUUUGGCAUAUGUCUCUUUUGAUCACCCGGCCCACGGCCCUAACGGAGUAACGGCUAUGGAAAUUGAGUAUGGGAUAAAUCAGCAUCAUCCUCAUAUUUCAAAAUUCAAAAAAACCCAUCUGCAGAUUGCAGCCGCAGCGGUACAGACACUUGGAAAUGGAGAACGCAGGGGAGGGGGUGGCAGCAGCCAUGGAUCCAGAGAGCCAUUUCUUGGCAUCCAAGCAAGAGACGGGCAACGAGUGGGAACUCUUCAAGGAGAACGUCAGGCCACUCAAGAGAGGCCGCAACGUCCGGCUUCUCAACCACGCACUCAAAUCCAACUACGAUUUCCACCUCAAGAAUUCCCUUCUCCGUCAACGAAGGAGGCUGAUUGAAGCCAUUGACGAGUAUAAUGGCGAAGACCCCCUCCAUCCAUGGCUAGAGUGUAUGAAGUGGGUUCAGGAGUCUUUCCCGCCUGGUGGAGACAGCUCAGGACUGGUCGUGAUUUAUGAGCAAUGUGUCCGCAAGUUUUGGCAUGAUGAUCGCUAUAAAGAUGAUCUUCGCUACUUGAAAGUUUGGUUGGAAUAUGCUGAAAAUUGUGCGGAUGCAGAAGUCAUCUAUAGAUUUUUGGAGGCAAAUGAAAUUGGUCUGUCACAUUCUUCCUUCUACUUGGCAUACGCGUUGCUCAUGGAAUCUAAAAAUAAGAUUAGGACUGCAAAUGAGAUAUUCAACUGCGGGAUAUCUAUAAAUGCUCAGCCAAUUGAAAAGUUGAAGGAAGCUUAUAGAACAUUUCUCUCUAGGUCAAUGGGGAGACCAAAAGAAGCAGAGGAAGAUCCAACCGAAAACCAGUUGCAGGUUCGAAGCUUUGGUACUUUAUUGAGUAAAGGGGCCACUGGUAAUCAAGCUACAGAUAGUUCUGGGGUUUCCAUUAAGAAGAUGAAGCAUGGAAAGCCCCAUGGUGCACUUUUGCCUAUUUAUAACGAUACAAACGCCAGUAAUACCACAUCAAGGCAUCAUGUAGAGAAAUCCAAGUUGGACAGCAAAUCACCGUGGCACUGCCUUGGUGCCCGCGGAGAAAGGAACAAAGAAAAUCUUGCAAUUCCUUCCAAAUGGACAUCAAAUAAGAUUCCUCAGAAAACAGCACAUAGAAAUAGCAGAGCCACUGCUCCUAGCAUUGAGGUCUUUGUGGAUGAAGAAUGCAAAGAAACGAAUAAAGCAGAAAACCAGGGUGAGGUCUCUACUCUACAUCUCCGACAUGGGGAUGGCAAAGACACAAAGAAGGAAACAGAGCUGUUGAGGGAGAACCCACUGCAUUACUUCCCUGCAAGCUCUCUGCCAAGAUGAUUUGUGGUUUCGGGAGGAAAAAAGAACAAACUUUUCAAAGCUUCUAUGUUCUUGUUGGAAUUGGCUGUUUAGGUGGCGUGGCUAUCGUACAUGAUUGAUAUCCAGUGAACAUACUCCAAGAACAUUGUGUUGUGUUCUUCUUUAGAUAUCAGCCAUUUGUUGUUGUAACCUUUAUAUAUGUUAUGAUGACAAGAAAGAUGUGUAUUUUAGAAUUUGCAUGCUUGAAUCAUCUUAUUAUCCCCUUUGUUGAAACUUGAAAGCAUUACAUCAUCAUUUGAUGAUGAGUAGGAUGAGAAGCUAGAAAAGGGAU